AUGGAAUACGAGCAGCGAUUACUAACGGCGGCGAAGAUCAUUCUCAACUCCGACGAGCAAGAUACCGCCGCCGCCGCCGCCGCCGAGUCUACCGUAGAACCUCGAGAAAUCGGGGUUGAAGCGACCUUGAAGCCUCACCAGGUGGAAGGUGUUGCCUGGCUCAUACGGAGGUACCUUCUUGGGGUCAAUGUUGUUCUAGACUGUCAUUGGCAGAUGGGGUUGGGGAAAACGCUGCAAGCUAUAUCUUUCCUUAGUUACUUGAAAGUUAUGCAGAAGUCGCCUGGCCCAUUUUUGGUGUUGUGUCCUCUAAGCGUGACAGAUGGUUGGGUGUUGGAGAUGGCCAACUUCACUCCGAUGCUUAAAAUCCUUAGGUAUGUUGGUGAUAAAGAACAUAGGCGUUCUUUGCGAAUGACAAUGUAUCAGCAUGUAGAAGAACAGACUUCUUCAUCUAAUGUAACAUUGCCUUUUGACGUGUUGUUGACGACUUAUGAGACUGCAUUGAUGGACCAAGAUUUUCUUUCUCAAAUCCCAUGGCAAUAUGCAGUAAUCGAUGAAGCUCAAAGACUGAAAAAUCCUUCCAGUGUCCUGUAUGGUGUUCUUAGCGAUCGCUUUCUCUUGCCAAGGCGACUGUUGAUGACUGGCACUCCCAUUCAGAAUAAUCUCAUUGAACUUUGGUCUUUGAUGCAUUUUUGUAUGCCUUCAGUAUUUGGGACGCUAGAACAGUUCCUUUCGACAUUCGAGGAAGCUACUCAUUCUAUGACAGAUCUUGAUGAUCCCAAAGUCAAAGAGCAGUUUAAGUCUCUAAAACAGAUAUUGAAAGCCUUCAUGCUUCGGAGGACAAAAGCUAAGCUUAUUGAGUGUGGAAACCUAGUGCUGCCACCGCUGACCGAGAUUACCGUGAUGGCUCCGUUGGUUAGCCUGCAAAAGAAGGUUUAUACUUCACUAUUGAGGAAAGAGCUUCCGAAGCUUCUUGCACUAACUUCUGCAGCUUCUAAUCAGCCAUCAUUGCAGAAUAUUGUGAUACAACUAAGAAAAGCAUGUAGCCACCCUUACCUUUUUCCUGGAAUUGAGCCUGAGCCCUAUGAAGAGGGUGAACACUUAGUUCAGGCCUGUGGGAAACUCUUGAUUCUGGAUCACAUACUUCACAAGCUACAUGCUUCUGGGCAUCGAGUCCUGCUCUUUGCUCAGAUGACCAACACACUAGACAUUUUGCAGGAUUAUUUGGAGUUACGCAAGUACUCGUACGAGCGUCUUGAUGGUUCCAUUCGGGCAGAAGAGCGGUUUGCUGCAAUAAGAAGUUUCAGCCGGAAAUCGGGAAGCGAAAGUUCUGCAUCUGAUGAAAGCACUGCUUUCGUUUUCAUGAUUUCUACAAGAGCUGGUGGUGUUGGCUUGAAUCUUGUUGCUGCAGAUACUGUUAUAUUCUAUGAGCAAGACUGGAAUCCCCAAGUUGACAAGCAGGCCCUGCAACGAGCGCAUCGAAUUGGUCAAAUGAAUCACGUGUUGUGCAUAAACUUGGUUACAAGGCAUUCCGUGGAGGAGAUUAUUAUGCGAAGGGCGGAAAGGAAAUUGCAGCUUAGCCAUAACGUCAUUGGAGAUGAAACUGUAGAUCGCACGGGAGAAGAAGCAACUGGAGCUGACAUUGGUGACAUGCGAUCCAUCAUAUUUGGGUUGCACAUGUUUGAUCCUUUGGAUAUCCAUCGUGAAAAAUUAGAUGAACUAAGUGAGGAAGAGCUGCUUGCUGUUGCAGAGAAAGCAGUUGCUACCCGCCAUAAACGUGGAUUGGGGAAGGAUAAUCAGAAAGUUGAACUCAUUAAUCCAGUUAGGGAAGAUUCUGCUUUAGUCGACUAUGAUCCUGGUCUCGAUGAGGCAUCAUAUCUUUCUUGGGUUGAAAAGUUCAAAAAAGAAUCAGAAUCAACUUGCAGCCCAUUGAUCGGUUUAGAGAACAAGAAUAAUUUGAUCCAGGAGAGACAUGGUAGACUUGAGGAGGCAAGGAAGAAGGCAGAGGAGAAGAAGUUAGCAAAGUGGGAAGCCCAUGGAUAUCAUUCCUUGUCCCUCAAAGAUCCGAAUCCCCCUGAGAAUGGCAAUCUAUUGUCAGAUUCAGGUUCUGUUCAUUUUGUUUCUGGAGAUUGUACGCAUCCAACACAAGUUUGCCAGUCCGAACCCACUGUCAUAUUCAGUUGUGUGGACGAUUCUGGAAACUGGGGAAAUGGAGGGUUGUUUGACGCCCUGGCCAGACUUUCUCCUGCUGUCCCAGAUGCCUAUCAACGGGCCUCAGAAUUUGGCGACUUGCACCUAGGCGAUCUGCAUUUCAUAAAAAUAAAUGAUGGAGAUAGUGGCAGUGGAGAGGGCAAUAAGCCGCAGUGGGUGGCAUUGGGUGUUGUACAGUCAUAUAAUCCCAGACGCAAAGUUCCUCGUAGUGACAUCUCCAUUCCCGACUUGGAAAGCUGCUUAUCCAAGGCAUUGUUUGCAGCAGCACAACAUUCUGCAUCAGUCCACAUGCCUCGAAUAGGGUAUCAGGAUGGAUCAGAUCGCUCGCAAUGGUACACCGUGGAGCGUCUGCUACGCAAAUAUGCUUCCGCUUACGGUGUAAACGUAUACGUGUAUUACUAUCGACGAUCAUCUUGAAGAUUUGCAUGACGUAAAUGUUGGGGGUGCUUCCUUUUGUUGAACUUACUUGUGUAUGUUAGUCCUCAUAUGGGUGUAGCCUAUAGGACAGUGUCUUCUUGUCUAUGCUUACCAAUGCAUCUGUAAAUCAGUCUGGUUAGGGUUGGAAUCAGUUGGGAACUCUCUGUUUGUGUUUAUUCCACCAAUGUUGUUGUCCAGCUUAUUCAACACUCGAGUUUAUUGGCAUCUACUAGACUUACUCGAAAAAGCUCCAACCAAACUUCCCGAGCACUUAAUUUUGUGAACUUUCAUCUUAAAAUAACAUGCAUUACUUUAGCUUUAAUUUAAAAGCUAAUAUCUAACUUGGAUGCAUGGGUUUGGUUGUGAAGGUAACUUAGUUUGUUAUGAUAAUUACU